UAUACUUCUGUUUCUGGGGAAGAUGUAAGUAAUGCACCAAAAUACAUAAAGGCUGAGUUCCAAAUAGCUACAUAUUCUCUACAUUAGUGCACUAUUAAGGGUAGAUAAACAGCGGAAGACACGCCCUACACAGUGCACUGUGUGUCUAUUCAGGAUUGAGCCAAGUUAAACUGAGAAAAGUGUGCUCAGGACCAGAUGAAGAGCUGGAGAAGGUGCAAGAAGUCGAGUUCUGUAUGGAAUGUCAGGAAAGAGUCGAGGUGUCUGUCUUCACAGAUGUGGAUAAGGAGCUCUUCAUAAAGGAGAUCUAUCCUUUGAGGAAACCAGCGGUACUCAAGGGAGUGCAUUUAGGGCCAUGCCUGGAAAAAUGGACAGUGGAUUACCUGGCAGCAAAGGGAGGAAGCCGGGAGGUCAAAGUUCAUGUGUCUAGUGUUCCUCAGAUGGAUUUUCUUCAUAAGAAUUUCUUAUACAGGACAUUACCAUUUGACAAGUUUGUCCAGAGAGCUGCAGCAGAAGCAGAGCAUGAAGAGUUCUUCAUUAGUAAGGAUGAGAGUUACUACUUAAGAUCACUUGGAGAAGAUGCUCGUAAGGAGCCUGCUGACCUGAGGAAGCAGUUCCCUGACCUGGCUCAAGACUUCUGCAUACCUCCGUUUUUUGAGCCUGAGCAGUUUUUCUCCAGUGUUUUCCGCAUCAGCUCACCCGGUUUGCAGCUAUGGACACAUUACGACGUCAUGGACAACCUGCUGGCUCAGGUGACCGGGCGAAAGCGUGUCGUUCUCUACAGCCCCCAAGAUGCGUUGCACCUUUACCUGUCAGGUGAUAAGUCUGAAGUUUUGGACAUCGACACUCCAGAUUUGGAACGCUAUCCAAAUUUUGUGAAAGCGUGUCGAUAUGAGUGUGUUUUAGAACCUGGUGACGUGCUCUUCAUCCCAGCCCUUUGGUUUCACAACACGUUGGCUCUUCAGUUCGGAGUUGGAGUCAAUGUGUUCUGGCGCCACCUGCCCCUGGACAGCUACGAUAAGAAGGACCCAUAUGGGAACAAGGACCCGGUGGCAGCGGCGCGAGCCCUGCAGGCCCUGGAGCGGGCACUGGGAGCGCUGGAUGAGUUGCCAGCUGAAUACCGGGACUUCUACGCUCGCCGCAUGGUGCUGCGCAUUCAAAGCCGAGCAUACGUCAAUGAAACAUAACAGCAGAGUGCAGCUGCCUUCUCUUACCUACUGUAAUGUACCAGAUGUAAAAUAAAGACAGAUAAUACAGCCACCAAUCCUGAUUAAGUGUGUCUGGGACAUUUUAUUAAAGUUGCAAUAGGAA